GCGAGGCAACACCACCUCUGGAUCCAACACCUCCUCCUCGCGAGGCAACGCCACCUCUUGAACCCACUCCACCACCUCGCGAGGCAACACCAUCUCAACCAAAGGAUGCUGAGCAACCUGUUGCCUUUUUGACUGAUGAGGCUGCUUAAUAACUCUGACAAGACAGGCCAGUCCCCUCCUCUGCCAGUUUCAAGCCCUGUACAGUCCCCCGAGAUGCCCCUCCCAAAUGGGAGCCCAACGGCUUCACAGACCCCUCCCACUUCUCAGAUAACCCAGCCCCCUUCUCGUGCGACUCCACCCCCCACUCCUCCAUUGGAAACUGCCCCAGCCCAUACUUCCCCAGCCCAGAUUUCCCCAGCUCAAUCCCCACAACCCCAGACUUCACUGUCACCGACCUCCCCGCCACGCCUGAAAUCUCCACCCCGGACUUCCCCACCCCUUACUUCCCCACUCCUGACUUCCCCACCCCCGGGCUCUCCACCCUUAGCUACUACCCCACCCCGACAAUCCCCGAGUCCGGGUCCACCUACCCCGGCGAACUCCAUCGAUGAGCCUAACAAUGGCUCAAAAUCAUCUUCCGUAAGGAUCAACUCUGAAGAGGCAGCUGUCAAGGAUGCAGACAAGAAGAGUGAAGAGGAUAACAAGACAGAUGAUGGAGAUAAGAUAGAGGAAAAUGCUGAUAAAGAUGGAGGCGAUAAUUCUGCGGUCAAGGAGAAUGACGCUGCUGCCAGUGUUGACAACAAAGAUGUUGCAGCAGAUGAAGUGGAUGCUGAAACAGGCGGGGCUUAUGAUGACAAUCACCCAGCUGAUGCAGAUGAUACUCCUCAGCCCGAGGAACACGUUGCAGAUGAUGACCAUCAGUUUAAGGAAGAAGAUUCAUCCAAAGAGCAAGGAGCUGCUGACAAGGCAGAAGGACCAGGGAGUCAUUGUGAGGAUGAACCUCACAGAGAUAAGGAGGAUGCUGGGCAAGGAAUAAAUGAAGAUGCUGAGAAACAAGAACCAGGAAAACAAAAUGAGCUCAUUUCUGAAGACGAAAAACAGUCACCUGAGGAUCCAAAAGAAGAGGAAAAACCUAACGAAACCAAGCAAGAUCAGGGACAGGCUCAAAACACCAACAACAUCGCUACAGAUUUAGAGAUAGAAGCAGAGAAAGAAAAAGAGAGUAGUUCAGAGGAGAAGCAUCAGUUAUUUCAGGAGCCAAUAGAAGAGAAAUCUGACAAGCCUGAGCCAGAUCAGGAACCUGCUCCAAAUGCCAACAGUAAUAGUCAAGAGUCUGAGAUGCUAGAAGCAGGGAACAAAAAUGAGAAUUCAGAAGAGAAGCCACAGACAUUUGAAGAGCCAAUCGAAGGGGAGAAACAUCAUGAUCCACAGGAUAUUGAUAAUGAGAGUCCACCAGAGAAUCGUAACAAAGAUGAAAAUGAGAAUCAACAAUCCAUUGAUCCUGAUAGUAUCAAGGAAAGUGAAUCUCCUCCAGAGAAUCCAAAUGAAGUUGAGGAGCCUUCAGCAAUGACAACUGAUGAAAAUAAGAAUCAAGAGCCUUUUGAUCCUGAGAACACUAAAGACACUGAACCUCCUCAAGGGAACCAAAAUCAAGAUGAGGUUACUUCUUCCAUGAUGACCGAUGACAAGAAGAAUCAAGAGCCCAAUGAUCCAAAGGAUACCAAAGACAAUGAAUCUCUUUUAGAGAAUCAAAAGGAAGGUAAGGUUGCCCCUUUGAUGACUGGUGAAACCAAGAAUGGAGAGUCCAAUGAUCUCAGGGAUACCAAAGAUGGUGAACCUUCUUCGGAGAACCCAAACAAAAAUGAUGAUGCUUCUUUGACAACGGCCAAUAAAAAUGAGGAUCAGGAGUCUACUGCUCCUGACAGCACCAAAGACACUGAACCGCCAGAGAAACAAAACGAAGAUGAGGCUGCUCCUACGAUGAUGACUGAUGAAAAUGAGAAUGGAGAGUCCAAUGAUCCAAAGGACUUCAAUGACAAUGAAUCUCCACCAGAGAACCCAAAUGAAGAUGAGGCUCCCCUAGCGACCGAUGAAAACGAGAAUCAAGCAGAGGAUCAGGAACCGGCUCAGAACAUCAACGGAGACGAUUCAGAUGAUUCCCCAGCUCGGAGGGUGGACUCCGGCAAGGAGAUGGAUUCUGGCAUCAAGUCAGAGGAGGACCAGCCUCUGCAGAAUGGUGACUCGGACAGGUCCACCCCACGCACGUACACGCCCACCCCACCCAAAUCGCCUCGAAAGAGUCACUCGCGGCCGCGGCCAACCUCGCGAUGUGCAUCCGCCCAGAAGCCCGCUGAAAACGGCAUCGCGACGGCUACUACAUAAAUUAUGACAUUGUUACACUUAGCAGAAAAACAAAACGAAAUUUGUAAAAGAUGUUUAUGCAUUACAGCACUCUUUGCUUAACAAUUUGGUUGUGACAGAAGGCCAAAGAAUAUUAAAGAGAUGUAAAGUAAAAGCAUGUUGCAGAACAAAUCACGUUUGCGGUCGCACUUUCAAAUAGAGAUCUAUAUCCGUGGAAAUAGUGAAAUGUUUGCACUGUAUUCAUGAAUGUAUUCAUGCACUCAAUGUUACAAUGUCAUAAUGAAUGUAGCUGGUGUAUUUCAGCGAGCCAUUGAAUUAUUACUGUUAAAUGUUUUUGCAUUUUCAUGUACAUAAUACACAACUUAUAACAUAUAUAUAUAUAUUCAUUUAAAUAGUUUUAAGGAAAAAUGUUUUCAUAAUUUUGUUCUUUUGGCUGAAAGUGACCAACAUCAUACACUUGGAAAAGCCAUGAAGCUGAAAAUGUCCGGAGCUGAAUUUUCAUCAUUUCGUAAUUGUUUGUACAAAAUAUGUUUAUGAUUACUUGAAUGUAUGGUUUAACUAGCAUGUCAGGAUCGAGUGAGAGUAUGCGACAUUGAAAAAAAGUUAAUCUGCAAAACUUGGCAUAAUUUUACAAUCUUUAGAAGGCAUUAGGGUGGAUAGUACCCUCAACAUUUUUCUUACAUUGUUUUCAUAAAAGCCAGGGACCCAAUUGUUAGCUUUCACGUGUUUAAAUAUCAACAGAAAGCUGCACUGUGUACAAUGUAUUCAAUAAGCAAACUAUUUUAAUGAACAUAGUGUAAAUAUUAUGAAAUGGUUGAUUUAAAAAUGUUAUUUUAACAUUAGUUAGUACUCACAGCAUUUAAAGGUACAAUAUAAUUGUUUAAUUGUGCAUCAGGCCGUCCAUGUAACAUAUUAUGCACUUAAAGAAAAAAAAUACCGUCGUUAUCUGUGUACAUUUGUUGAGAUUUUGCCCUUACGCACCGUCCAUUAAUUUGGUUGUACCUACUCAUAUUAUAUGUGAGUUGAAGCUCUGGUCUAAUCACAUUUUGCAUUUUUGAGAUUGCUUUUUAACUUGGAGCAGAAUGGAACGAUCCAUUAGGCCCCCCGCGUACUGCAUCACGGCUGUGAUUGGUCAGUAAUACCACGGGGCGGAGCUUAUUAAAAUUGAUCGGUAUGUUUUGUUUUGUUUUUCUGUGUUAAAACAAGUCUCAUUCAGAUGCACGUGCCUUAUAUAAAUUUAAAAAGUUCAUGUUUUGCACAGGAUGUAUGUGUGUGCUCAAAGUUGUAGACUUGAUAACUUUAUUGACGGUGACCAUGAGGGAUCAGUGUUUUUAUUAUUGUUGGGGAGUUCGGGACGAGAUGUGAGGACUUUCUGCUGUCCUCACAGCGUCUUCGGUCCCCACAAUAACUAUCACUCAUCGUGCGGUCCCCACAACGAUGGAACAAGUAUGUUUGUACUGUGGAAACAAAUUGAGUCUUUCUAAAAACAAAUGUCAUGUAACAGGACUGUUCUUUUGUGUAAUUGUGUUCACGAUGGAGGAAGUAUCGGUGUGUAUAGUGUAUUGUGUUUGACAGACAAGCAAUUCCAGGCCAUGAUUUCAUUAGGAAGACACCAAUUCCAACUACUGUGUAUUGUGAAAACCGCGCAUUGCUGUGAUUUUCCUGUAAUCACCGCGUAAUGCAUUUAAUGCCGCGGCCAGCGCAGCGAUCUUAAAAAGCAGUUGUUUUUCGAUUUCAGUGUGUAUAUGUGCAUGUACAUUCACUUGAUGCGUCAUUCUAGAUUCAUGCUUCAUUUGAAAAUCUAAUUAUAUGCCACCUUACCUUGAAAGCACUGAGACCAAAGCAUAUUGAAAAUGUUUAGACAUUAUUAUUAUUAUUAUUUUGUUGUUUCUUAUUUUCCACACUGUUCCUUUGAGUUGGAGUUUUUGAACAGUUGUUGUUGUGUUGUGGCUUUCAAAAUUUGUCAUUCUGCUAUUUUAUUUUGUACAUCAUAAUCAUCACUAUUCAUAGUUGUGCUACAGCUAUAGCAUUAAUACUUGUUAAUUUAAACUAUUAUCAGCAUUGUGUUACAACAUUGAGGAGCAUUUCUGAAUCGAUUACGUUUUAAAGAAAUAUUAACGGUGUAUAUUUCAAGCAUUAAUUCGUGACAUUAAAAAUUGUACUUUGUGUUUGCACUCAGGAAGUUAUAAAAAAAAGUGCUCAUAUUAUUGAUUCAAUGUUUAAGAUUCAGUUCUGUGCUAUAACAUGAUCUUGUUUUAUAUUCAAUGAAGUGGAAUAUAUUAUUCUCUCACACAAAAUAAUAUGCACUAGCUAUCAGGGCACAUAUGCAAACUAUAUUGUAUACUAUAUUACUGUUAUAAUGUGAAUAUAAAAAACUGUUAUCUUAGGGAGUGCGUCAAAACUCUGCUUACAACAUUUUGCAUGAUUCUAUCGGAACAAAAUGUUCCUACUUGGAACAGCCUGGAACAAAAAGUUCCUGUUUGGGAACAUUGUUUUGACUUUGUACAUAAUGUGUUAACUUUGGGAACCAGGCUUUGAACUUGAAGUUAACACAUUGGGAACAAAAUGUUCCUACUUGGAACAGCCUGGAACGAAAAGUUCCUGUUUGAGAACAUUGUUUAGACUUUGUACAUAAUGUGUUAACUUUGGGAACCAGGCUUUGAACUCGAAGUUAACACAUUGAGAAACGUAUUGAAACGUACGCACUGUGUGUGAAGUGUGGAGUUUUGAGAUGCUUCCCCGUAAUUAGAAGUCUGAGUUUAUUUAUUUACAUGUCAAGUUAAUUUCAAAUCAUAUUUUACUUGAACAUUUGCAAACACUUGUUUGUUAAUUGCCGUCAGUUCUGAAAUACUUUACUUUUUUCCCCUUGAUUCUCUAUCUAUGAAUCAAUUCACUAAACUGCUGAAAAGUGUGGUCUUUGAUUUUAAGUCAAUUAAGUGAAAUUUCUUCCUGUUAAAAGCAUUUAGCAUUUAAAAUUGCAGAAAAAGCUUUAGUAUUAACAGUGGGAAUGUCAUGUACAUGUAAAUUAAAAUCUGUGAUUAUUCCCAUGUGCAUAAUUAAAACGAAAUGCAAAGAAAUAUAUAUUUUUGGUCAUAAGUUUAAAGUUAUUGAUCUUCCAGAAUUGUUCCAACUUGCCAUUUUAUACUGGGAAAAUAGUUCAGAUGAUUCACUUGGAAAAUGGUGGCUGAUAAAUAAGAUUAAUUAAUAUUGUGGCUAGUCAGGUAUCCCAGUCUGAGUUGUUCAACUGUAAGCAUGUUUAAGAUUGGACACACAACCAAUGCAGGUCCCGGAUGUAUUUGUUUUUCUUGUUUUAAUUAUUAAUUUGUACUUUUAAGGCCAUGUAUUAGGUGAAAGAAAAUCACAUCAAAGUAUAAGCAUCAGCAUUGUUACUGGUCCGUAUUGUGUUGUUAAAAGCACCCACCUGCAUUCGUGGAUUCGGAGUUCAGUUCGUGCCAGAAUCAUACAGUUAAUGUUUUGUUUGAAAUGUCAGAAAAUUGCGUGAAGAUGUUUUGUUGAAAUAUUAAAUGUGAACUGUAAACUUAUUGUAACAUAGUGGAGAGGAAUAAAAUACUGUGAAAACAUUA